AUGUGCCUCUUCGUGCAGUCGCUGCUGGCCAAGAGCCUCUCCAACCUCUUCCCCCUCAGGCUGUUGGGCAGGCUGCACCUGGCCUUCCCCUACGCGCUCCUGUGCCAAGUGUGCUUGGAACACCCCAACAAAGCGAGAAUGUUCACCUUCCCUGAACGUACCGACGGCUACUACUGCUCCAUCUGCUCCAUCAUUUCCUGUCCGGAGUGCUUGAUCAGGUGUCACUUUUGCGAUGUUCUGCUCUGCGCGAAUUGUGGUGCCAAGAAGUGGGAGUGCGAAGUGCCAAGGACCACAGAAAAGGAGUGGGAGGCAUCGAGAAGGCCCUUGCCGCCAGAAUUCGAUGAGGUGGACCUGUGGACGUGCAUGGAUUGCGAUCCCGAGAUGGCCUUCGCCUGGGCGUACGACGCUCGGGAGGAGUAUGAGGACGAAUUGGCAGACGACUUCUGGGAAUGUGCUAGGUGUGGCCACACUCUCGAGGACGACUAUUACGAGGGCCAGGUCCUGAGGGAGGAACUCGAGAGGGACCAGGAGAAGGCGUUCUCCACCUGCGCGGGGUGUGGUGAUUUGGUGUGCGAACGAUGUGUCGUUGAGUGCGACGAGUGCGGCAGGACCUUGUGCCCAGCGGAGCCACAGGUCUCUUGCCUCCGCUGCCACAACCAAAACCUGUGCUCAGAUUGUCUGUGUGUGCUCAAUGGCAAAGAUGUCGAGGAGGUGUGCUGGAGCUGCUACAAGGACACGCAGGACUGCCAGAAACGACUGGCCGCCAUGGUGGCCUUCCUCGACGACAGCCUGCCGCUGGGACUGCGCAGGGAGGUCGCCGCCGCGAUCAUUCGGCACGGCGGCCGCGUUGUGUCCUGCCUCGGCCCUGGCGUGACCCACCUCGUCCGCUCUUCGGCACAGCAGCAAGACGCCACCGCAGCCGAGCAUCAGCCAAAGUCGCCUGCUGGAGGUGGCUGGGUGGUGGUGCCGCCGUCGGUGGUGCUCUCCUGGUGCGCCAACCUGCAGCGCUGA